AGCCCCGAGGCUCAAGGAUCAAGGCUCUGGGCCUCUCGCAGGGAAGCAGCCUGGACUCGUGGUCCUCGCAGGUCCACUCGAUGCCGUGCUCGAUGCUAUUUGUGGGCGUGGCUGCCAUUGCAGUGGUGGGGGCUCUGGGCAGCACCUGCAAGGUGGGGGCCGAUGUGCAGUGCCCAGGCUCGCGCAGCACGUGCGCGGGUGACCAGUGCUGCCCGGGCUACGCCGGCUCGGGGGGUGCCACGUUCCCGUGCCCGUCGGCGAGCCGUAGCUUCUCGGGGUGCGUGAACAACACGAAGGUCGCGGACUGCCUGGCGGGCGCCGCGAUGCAGGCGAAGGCCCAGGAGGGCGAGCAGUGUGGCAGCAGCGGCUCCACGGGCUACUUCCACGGCGACUGCGCCGACGGCCUGGUGUGCGUGCCCCCGGCCGCGGGCUCCCUUUUUGGCGCGCAGAGCAUCUGCCACCGGCUGUGCGGCAGCUUCGGGGCCAGCGGCGAUCGCGUGGACGGCUCCUGCGCGGACGGGCAGGCGUGCUCCGGUAGGGCGGCGGUGCCGUGCCGGGAGUGGGCCGGCGAGUGCUAUCUGUAUUGCCCCUCUUCCAGCACCGUCGUGACCACCACGACGACGACCACCACGACGACGACCACCACCACCGCCAGCUGCGUUGUGGGGACCGAUGUGCAGUGCCCAGGUUCGAGCAGCAUGUGCGCGGGGGACCAGUGCUGCCCGGGCUACGCCGGCUCGGGGGGUGCCACGUUCCCGUGCCCGUCGGCGAGCCGCAGCUUCUCGGGGUGCGUGAACAACACGAAGGUUGCGGACUGCCUGUCCAGCUCCCUGGCGGACACAGAGGUGCACACGGAGGUCCAGGAGGGCGAGCAGUGCGGCAGGAGCGGCUCCACAGGCCAUUUCUUCGGCAACUGCGCCAGCGGCCUGGUGUGCGUGCCCCCGGCAGCGGGCUCCCUUUUUGGCGCGCAGAGUGUUUGCCGCCAGCUGUUCAGCUCCCUGAGGGGAUCCCUGGCGUACAGGGGGAUCAAGGCGCUGGGUAUCUGCAAGGUGGGGGCCGAUGUGCAGUGCCCGGGCUCGAGCAGCAUGUGCGCGGGGGACCAGUGCUGCCCGGGCUACGCUGGCUCUCUCUCGACGAAGAACCGACAUAGUUUCGGAGCUCCUCGCGGAUUUCUUGGAUCGGCGCUGGGGCCCAACUGGCGGCGCCUCUUGCGACGCCCCUGGCGCCGACCCGAGGAAUCUGCGCGCACCUAUGUCAGUUUAUGUUUAUGCAAUUGCUUUGUUCCUCCAGGCUCGGGGGGUGCCACGUUCCCGUGCCCGUCGGCGAGCCGUAGCUUCUCGGGGUGCGUGAACAACACGAAGGUCGCGGACUGCCUGGCGGGCGCCGCGAUGCAGGCGAAGGCCCAGGAGGGCGAGCAGUGUGGCAGCAGCGGCUCCACGGGCUACUUCCACGGCGACUGCGCCGACGGCCUGGUGUGCGUGCCCCCGGCCGCGGGCUCCCUUUUUGGCGCGCAGAGCAUCUGCCACCGGCUGUGCGGCAGCUUCGGGGCCAGCGGCGAUCGCGUGGACGGCUCCUGCGCGGACGGGCAGGCGUGCUCCGGUAGGGCGGCGGUGCCGUGCCGGGAGUGGGCCGGCGAGUGCUAUCUGUAUUGCCCCUCUUCCAGCACCGUCGUGACCACCACGUCUACGACAAGCACCACCAGCUCGAGCGGUCCCGGUUGCGUGCAGCUGUCGGGUACUUAUUGUGGAGGCCAGGGCCAGGAGUGCAACUGCAACUAUUGCGACGAUUUCUGCCAGGACACGGCGUGUGCGAGGACUUGCAGGGUUCUCAACGGAUAUUUCUCCGCACCAGCGCAGUCCACUUGCCAGUGGUCUGCGGCCUACGUCACCAAUCCAAGUCCUGAUGCGAGCGGGACUUCCUGUGGAUGGAUGGAGGGCAAUGGCCAGGGCGGCAAGGGAGACGACUGCCGCGAGUGCGACCAGUUCGCCGCGGCGUGCCGCAGGGCGAAUCCGAGCGGCAACUGCAGGGCUUAGGCUGCGGCCCGCGCUCUGUUCGUGCACCGCAGGCUGCACAUUUCCUCUGGCCUGCCGGCCGCGCCAAGAGCGCGCGGCAGUACAGGAAUUCACGCCCACGCAUGGGCACUGUUGGCUGCGAUGAACCACGCGCCCGGAGACCGAACA